AUCAUGUGACCACAGAGAGUUCGUGUCGUCUCUGACAGACUAUAAAACCUCUGCAGUCUGACUCCUCUCUGCUCUUCCUGCCUCCUCAGCAUCUCAGAGCAAGUGUUCAACACAGCUGUUUUCCUGACUGCAGAGAUGGCAGUGCCCUGCACAAUCAUCAUGGCUGCUACAGUACUUACAGCCCUUAUGCCACCCAUCUAUUGUUUGGAGGAAACCAGAGAACCCAGCAGAGACCCACGCAGACACGGGGAGAACAUGGAAACUCCACGCAGGGACCUGCCCAUUGUGGAGGAAACCAGAGAACCCAGCAGAGACCCACGUAGACACGGAGAGAACAUGCAAACUCCACGCAGGGACCUGCCCAUUGUGAACUCCAGCUCUAUUCGACUGAGCAUGGUUUUUAAUGCUGUUGAUGACAUGUACAAAGGCUGCGACAAGAAGAUGAAGAAGAAAGUUGAGAAAAAAUAUUUCAAAAAAGAGAAUGAGGGUAAAUUUGAAGAAGCCUGGAAAAAAGCAGAAAAAUGUUCAAAGAAACAGAAAGACCGAGAGGAUAAGGCUCUCACCAAAAACCACAUGCGGGCAAUCUGUGCUUAUACAUCUGGCUACAAAAAUAAUAAAAAUGAUAAAAAACUUUAUGAUGAAUUCAAUGAAGCAGUCCGGACCAAUAGGACCAUCUAUGACAGCUCCUUCAAAUUCCAUUUUUUACAUUACUGGCUGACUACUGCCAUACAAAUCCUGAAUAGAAACCAAAAAAACCAAGGCUGUCAGACUACUUAUAGAAAAACCAAUGUUGCAUUCACUGGCAAAGUUAACCACAUCAUUCGGUUUGGUGCGUUUGCCUCCAGCUCUAAAAAAAAAGACCUUGAUGACUUUGGUAGCAAGACCUGCUUUAAAAUUAAGACCUGUUCAGGAGCUUACCUGAAGCAUUAUCCAACCCUUGAAAAAGAUGAGGAAGAGGUGCUUAUCCCCCCCUAUGAAACAUUCAAGAUAACCAACAUUAUUGAAGGUCGGGGUAAAUUUCCAGAUCUGAAGGAUUGUGAGAAGGUCUUUGUUUUGAAGAGUGCAGGAGAUAAAAGUAACCUAAACUGCAAACUUGCAUCCAAAUGAAAGAGCAGACUUUUCUUCUACUGAUGGAGAAAAUAAAUAAAAUGAGUUUUGUUCUGUAAACAUCAUAAAUCAAUCAAUAAAUCUAUAAAUCUCUACAACAGCUGUACUGAAGUCAGUCAUCGUGCA